UUAUGGAAUUAGAUAAAUUAGGGUUUCUCCAGUGCCAUCCUAUUUAAAUUAAAUCUGAACUGCAGCCAAGCACCGCCUAGGGUUUUUCUGGUGACGCAGCUGCGCCUCUCUCCUCCGCGAGCUUCGAUUCGCAUCCAUGGCGGCUGCUGCUCCUCCGGCCCCAUUGCCGGCAACGUCCUCGGGGUUGGCUCCCCCUGCAGAUGUUAAACUUUUUAAUCGUUGGUCCUUUGAAGAAGUCGAGGUUUCUGACAUGUCACUUGCUGACUAUAUUGCGGUAACUCCUUCGAAACAUGCUACUUAUCUUCCACACACUGCUGGACGUUAUUCUGUGAAAAGGUUUAGAAAAGCACAAUGCCCCAUUGUUGAAAGGUUGACCAAUUCAUUGAUGAUGCACGGUCGUAACAAUGGGAAGAAACUCAAGGCCGUUCGCAUUGUUAAACAUGCCAUGGACAUCAUUCAUCUCCUUACUGAUACUAACCCAAUUCAAAUCAUAGUUGAUGCUGUCAUCAACAGUGGACCAAGAGAGGAUGCCACUAGAAUUGGAUCUGCUGGUGUUGUUAGGCGCCAGGCAGUUGAUAUUUCUCCUCUGAGACGGGUUAAUCAAGCAAUAUAUCUCCUCACAACAGGUGCUCGCGAGAGUGCUUUUCGGAACAUUAAGACAAUUGCUGAGUGUCUUGCUGAUGAAUUGAUUAAUGCGGCGAAGGGUUCUUCCAACAGUUAUGCAAUCAAGAAGAAAGACGAGAUUGAACGUGUGGCCAAGGCAAACCGUUAGAAGGAAAAUUUUCGAAAACAGAAGUUCUGAAAUGAUUUCUAGCCUUUUUAAGGCGCGUUUAAUAUUGUUGUAUCUUGUCUUGAGAUUGUUAUUGUGCUUUUAGUACUUGUUGAGUUGUUGAUGUUUUGCUGUCUUAUAAAUUUGGUGUUCGAAUGUUUCAAUUAUAUUUGCGGUUUCUUUAUUUUCA